AUGUUUGCAGAGCUGUUUUAUCACAAAGAGGGAACACAGCAGAGCGGCAGCGAACUCACCGCCACCCGGCAGCUGAGAGGAGCCUUCUCCGACACAGAAGACUUACCGGAUCACGGCUUGGUGUCGGUCAACCGCUGCUCGAGCAGAACCUCCUCCAUCAGCUCCUGGACAGAGAACAUUAAACCUUCAUUCACCAAAAAACUGAAAUUCCAAUCAGUCCUAGAGGGAGAACCAGUAGAGUUAAAGUGUAAACUGGUUGCAUGUCCUCAACCCACCAUCCUUUGGUUUCAUAAUAAUAAAUCUAUUCCUAAAGAGCGUAGGCGUAGGAUCGGCACUGAGAGCAAAAUGCAUUUGCACACCACCAGUCUGUUUAUCGAUUGUAUCAGAGAGAAGGACGCGGGCAGUUAUAAGGUAAUGGCGAUAAACACGGAAGGUUCUGCUGAGUCCACAGCGUCACUUCUGGUGUCGCUGAGGGAAGAGCAGUCCGCUAACUACCUGGGCUUUGUUAAACGUUCUGCACAAGCCCAUGAAAGUGCGGAAACCAUGGCUGAGCAGAGGAAAGAGAGGAAGUUCAGGGUCGACCUAAGGUGCGUAGGGUCUCCGUUUGACAAGAUGUCUAAAGUUCAUCAGGGGCGAUCUCGAUCUGUGGACUCUCUGGUGCGUACCGUUUACUUCAAAUCUGGUUCGCAUGCGAAAGAAAAAAAGGUAACAGAGAAAGAGUCCAAACGUUUGGAGACUGCCUCAGAGCGCGCCCCGUCUCCGCCCCCAAUGUUUGACCGGUCCGAGCGCUUUAACGACAGACUCAGUGAUAUCUACUGCGACCGGCGCACCGGGGCCAGGUUCAGUGACAAGUUUAGUGACAGGUGCAGCGACAGGUACAGCGACAGGUUCAGUGACACAGAGAGCCUUCACAAUGAGGUGAGGACUAAACUUACCACACUCCAAAAAGCUGUGAAGCAGAAGAAGAGGCUUUCUAUCUCCACCAUGUCCUCCUCUGAGUUUGAGUCAGAAUCAGUUGCCAGCGAGUCGAGUUAUACCGAUUACGUAGAGAGGCUCAGGGUGAAACCGGCCUCUCUGCCCGAUGUUCAGCAAUUCAAUCGACCCUUCGAUUCGGAGGAGGGUCCGAGUGAGUUUAAAAGUAGAAGCAGGGAUCCGUCAAAGCCGCGUUCAAGGCAUUCAUUUGAGCCUCAGUCCAGAACCAGGGCCAUCCAGAUCAUGAGAGGUGAGUUGGUGGAUACAAUGGUGUCAGAAAGGAUAUCAGGUGAAACCUAUUCUGAGACACGGGAGGAUAAAAAGGUGGAGAGUUUUCUCGAAUCACGGGCUAAAUACAAGCAAAUGCUAAGUGAAAGUCACGGCGUUGCUACUGAGGUAAAGAUGGAGUCAACAAAGGUCAAGGAACGUCACCAUGAAGUCCAAUACUCUGAAGGAUUAGCGUACCCAGGAACAUCCACGUACACUGAAAGCAGUGGAUCUGUUGAUCUACCUAAAACAGACACAUCGAGCAGGGAGAAGUUCCUCGGUGGACAAGCAUCAGCAGAAGACAGAGCCACAACGGAAACCGGUGAGCAAUAUGAAGAGGAGGGUGCAGGGUUGAGGGCUCACUAUGAGAAGAGCCUGGAUGAAGAAAGGAUGCAGUGUGAGGAAAAACUCCUGGCACUGCGCAUCAGAAAAUGGCAGCAAGGGAGUAUGAUGGCAGAAGAGGAGACGUUUCACCCUGAAACUGAUCUGCCAACCCCUUCAGAGUUGCAGUACAUGGAGCCAGCGGGGCACAAGUACACCCAACAGGAAGCAAUUACAUCAGAAACUAUAGAAACUGAAGCCUCAUCUUUCCAUAAAUCCCCCAGAAUGAAGGCAAGGAUGGAAGAUCCUGAAUCGGCGACACCCAGAUCACCUCAAGUAAAAGCCAGCGGAGAAGAAGCACAAAUAUCUGCCACAGCAGAAGCCCAAUCAGCUCCACUAACGCUGGCACAAAAGUCUCCCAGAAUAAAAGCAAGAGCAAAAAUUGAAGUGGAGUUGUCGCCACGAGCAAAAGCCAGGGCGGAGGACAGACUCGGAGAAUCUCCCAGGCUAAGGCAGGCCAAAACUACCAGAGAGAGGGCCCUUGGUGAAGGUGCAACGGCAGAAAGACUCAAGCAACAUGAAGAGGUUUCUGGAGGGGAGUCUUUGAGGGAGCAGUAUGAGAAGAACCUGGACGCUGAGCGGAUGCAGGUAGAGGAGAAACUCCUAGCCCUGCGGAUCAGGAAAUGGCAGCAUGGUAUGCGAAUGUCAGAGGAAGAGACGCCUGAAACUGAUCUACCUGCAGAGACACAGUACGUGGAGUCCGAAGGGCACAUUUACAACGAGCAGGAGGCGGUGGAUAAGAGGGCAGCUGUAGAACAUGCCACCAUGUUGGCUCCAAAGUCCCCUAAAGCAAAAGAGAGAGAGGACGAGACCUCCGCCCCCUCGCCUAAAGCCAGAAUGAAAUCCAGACAAGUAGAGUUGGAAACUGAGGCUUCAGUGGCACAAAAAUCACCUAGGAUAAAAUCAAGAGGAGUGGAAGCAUCACCAAGAACUAAAGUCAGAGCAGAGAAGAUGUUGUUUGAGAAGACAAAAGAGGAACGUGAGCUCCAGCUGUCGAGGGAGAACUUAUCCGAGCUGAAGAGUGAAAGUGAGAAGCUUGUCAGCGAAGAGGAGGCUCUGAAUCAGCGGAUUAUGAAGUGGCAGGAGAACGUUUUGAUGGAACAAGAGGAAGCUGGGAAGCCAGAGUCCAGCUGGGCAGAAGGUUACUCUAAGAUCCAGGUAGAGAAGACCACAGAGCACAAAGAUCUCCCCGGAAAAACGGCUAAAGAGAAGUUCCUGCUGAGCGAGCCAGUUCCAACCGGUUUCCAAGAUCAGCCGGGUGAGAGUCUGCAGUGGCCCCCUGCAGAGGGUCUGCCUACAGAGGGCCGGGAGACCAGGCUGCAAAGGGAUAGUGAGUACUUUCUAAGCGAGGAGGAAGCACUGGCUCAGCGCAUCCUGAAGUGGCAACAGGAUGGUGCUGAGCCAGAGGAGGUAGCUGAACUGGAGUCCGAGUGGUCUUUGGACAACCAAGGCAAACAGCCUGGCUCCGGGACGCUGUUUGAGUCCCAUGGUGUCCAUUCUCAUCCAAGUGAACUUCCUGCUCCAAGUCUUUGUCAAGAGGCAGAGAUGAGGCGGAGCAGGCAGGAAUAUGCAAUGACUGUUGAUACAUCCAGCAGCCAAUGUUUCCAGUCCGAUGUUAAAGAGGAGAGGGUAAUGAGAGAGGAGACAGGAACUACCAGAGAGGGAAGCGGUCUGAGACAACAGGAGGAUAUUGGAGGUGUUAAAAGAGAUGAAGUAAGCAGCGAGUCCAUUUGUUCAAAACAGGUUGGAGAAAUGAGUGCAGAAAGCCUUGAACUCGGAGCUAUCAAGAAGGAUGAGAGGAGAGUCCGAGAGGAGGCAGAUUUGAAAGAGGGAGUUUACCAAACAAGUGCCAGAGUCUCCCGUCCAGUGUUUGUGAAAGAAAUAUCUUCUGCUCAAGUAAAGAUUGGUGAGAUGACAGAGUUUACCUGCCAGUUCCAGGGUGACCCUAUGCCCACAGUCACCUGGCUCAAAGAUGGACACCAAUUAGCCCACAACCCUGACUUUGAUAUCAUGAGCAAAUUGAACACAUCAAAGCUCACCGUCUUCUAUCCAACUACAGACCACGAGGGGACAUACGACUGUGUCAUCACCAAUAAACAUGGCAAGUCCCUCUGCAGCGGCACUCUUGAAAUCUCUGACAGAAAAGUGAUGAGAAUGUCAGCGGCCACACAGGAAGUGGUAGUUACAGAGGAGCUAAAGAAGGGAGCAGUAACCCAGGAAAGCUUUACUCAAGCAGAAUUAAACACCUACGCGGAUUCUGGAAAAGCAACCCUACAGGUGCCUCAAGUGGUGAUCCACAAACGCCACUCCUCCGAUAAGUCUUUCAGCUCCUCACCCGUAGAAAUCCGAAUCACCGCGGCCACGCCACUCCCUGAGAUGAGAGAGGAAAUCAGAGAGGACGAACCUCCGGCGGUCACAGAGAAAACCUCAGAAGUGCCAAGCGACGAGGGUGCAUCUCAGACUGUCAAACACAAAUUCACUUUCUCCUUUGACACGGUUGGUGAAGCUCCUCACACUGUCAGCGAAUUAGAGAAUGUCAGCAGUAUCUCUGAGCCUGUGCAAUUUACAGAGGGCAGUGGUUUUACUCCAGUAAGGAGGUCUCUUGUUGGCUCAACUGAGGAUGCAAUGAAGGCUUCCAUCAUCCACACUAAAGACAGCAUCCCUCGGAGUUCACAAGUUCCAUCGGAGUUGGUCAAAGCCCCAAAAUCCAGGCCUAGUAUCUCAAGAGAGCCUCCCGCUGUAUCCGGCUGUGGUCUGCAGGCUUCUGCCGCUGUUAUAAAAGUCGCUCAGAUUAAACAAGCUUUUGAGUCGGACUCGCCAGAUGCAUUACAGACCCAAACCUCUCCUGAGGAGCAGAGAGAGGAAACACAUUUCCCUGAGGAGUUUAUACCUGCAGUGGCCAUGUCCCUUGACCAGCAGGAACAAGUCAUUGACACCCUGCCUGCAGAAGAUGCUUUCAGUCUUGCUACUGCUAUGACAGGUUAUCCUAAAGCUCUUCCUGUCUCUUCAGAAGUAUGCAAGAUCUCUGGGAUCUCUGGGGAUGUUGAAGAAGGUGCAGUUUCAGCUGAAAGCUAUGGUGAACUUACACAGUUUGUGGAGGAAGUACAGGAGUCUCCCGACUUGGUCAGGCCUAAAGCACAGAAACCAGCUCCAUUACCAGAAGAAGCGGAUGCAUGUGAAAUGGAGAUGGUGAGGGACGAGCCUGUGCGUACAUUUGACAGAACUGGCAGCUUUUUCCCUUUCCAGCCGGAUAAAGUCCCUGCAGCAAAGCGCUCUGUUAAGACCUCAGCUCCAGCGGAAGAAGCCGUCAAGCCUAAAUUCAUUUCUAAAUCUCUCAAAAUUGAGAAACAAAUUGCAGUAGAAGGGUCUUCCUCUCCUCUGAUGGCUGACGUUUACAGUACUUUACUUGCUGGCGAGGAGCUGGUUUCAAAUCCAGAGCCCUCCUUGGACAGCGGUGUCUUCCUCAGUAUGCCGGAGUCCCAGGCUAACCUGACAGAGGUAGCAGAGGAAGUGGCUGGGGAUGAAGUUAAGCCUGAUGUACAAAUCAGGAGUAAAGAUGAGAGCGUUGAAGUCAUGGAGCCAGAACCUGCAACACUUAUUGUUGAGCCUAAAGGAGAGGACACAGUUGAACCUCUUGAGGAUGCUGCUGCUGCUUCUGAGGGACAUCAAAGCCAGGUUGCAUCCUUACAGGAAGGAGAUUUGGACAAACCCAAAGCCGGAGGAGCGGCGGCAGCAGUAGCAGCAGCUGGCUCCAUGGAGGAAGAGGAGGUCACCUUUGGUGCUGUGUAUGACUUUUACAACCCUCCAACAGACUGGGGAAGACCCCUGUCCCCUGAGUCUGAGAUGUCCAUAGAGAUCGGCAGCACCGUGAGCGAGGACCUAGCCGAGGUGACCGAGCGGUUCUACACCCCAGGCUCUUCCACCGAGGUCUCGCAGCCAAUUGCUGAGUCCUUCCAAACCCCCAAGUCUCACAUGACCUUUCAAACUCCAAGUUCGGAUACUUCUGGUGGGUUUAGGACCCCUAAGGAAUACCCCUUCUCCCCCAUGGAUCAUAAGCGACCCUCGACAGCAGGCUCCAGCGAGAGGUUCUUCUCACCAAUGCAGUUCCUGACGUCUCCUGGUGACGAGGGCAUUGAGACAGUGGAUGACAACCUGUACCUCACCAAGGGACUUGGAUCUAUAGGACUGUCAACCCUGCAGGAGAAAGUGCAGGGAAUCCCUCCGGCCUUCCUAAAACCUCUCAUUAAGAAAAGAGUGUUUGAAAAUGACUUGCUAACAUUUUACGCCGAGGUGUUUGGCCUUCCUUCCCCCGAGGUGAAUUGGUUCUGCAACAAAACCCAGCUGUUGGUCAACGACAGAGUCAAAAUUGAGAGAGAUGGUGAUAGCAUCUCGCUAACAAUUCACAAUGUCACAAAAGCGGACCAGGGGGAGUACAUCUGCGAGGCCGUGAACUACGUUGGGGAAGCUAGAAGUGUUGCUUUAGUUGUAGUCGUAUCGCAGGAAGUCCGAUUCAUGCCGGCCCCCCCUGCUGUCACCCAUCAGCAUGUGAUGGAGUUUGACGUGGAGGACGAUGAUGAUGACUCUCGUUCUCCUUCCCCUCAGGAGAUUCUGCUUGAAAUCGAGUUGGAUGAAAGCGAGGUGAAAGAAUUUGAGAGGCAGAUUAAGAUCAUCACCAUUCCCGAAUACACGUCCGACAACAAGAGCAUGAUCAUCUCUCUGGACGUGCUGCCCAGUCUUUAUGAGGAGGGCGUUGUGGACUUUGUCACGCAAGAGCAUGAUGAUUUGAAAAUAGCUUUCGAGGUCACUGAGAUGCCCCCUAGGUUUAUUAAUCCCAUUUGUGACAUGGAGACCCCCGAGGGCACCGCCGUCAUGUUCGAGUGCUCCCUGAUGGGGAUUCCCUCUCCUAUUGUAUCCUGGUUCAAAGGUGACAAAAAAAUACCUCACAAUAACAAAAAGUACCUUUGCUCGUCCGAUGGAGACAACCACUUCCUGAAGAUCUCUAAAGUCACCACGCAGGAUAGCGGCGUGUAUACCUGUAGGGCUAUCAACGUUGUCGGGGAGACUCUGUGUCGGGCGUCUCUGGUCGUGUUGAACGCCAAAGCUUUCUCAGGAAAGUCCAGAGGCAGGGAGUUGACUGCUGUGUCUUUGGGUAGCGCCAAAAUCGAGCCUCAGAAGUUCGACUUGGUUGUUGGCAACACGUCAUUUGACAGCGAACAGGUCUCAGAAAUUGAGCUUGAGUUUGAGUUUGAGCAGGAGGCAGAUGAGUCGCAGCGGGCGGUCAGGCUGGUGGCUAAAACCGACCACGAAAUGAGCGAACAGGGAGAGAAAUAUGUUAGCGUUAACUUUGACGUGUUUGCUGAACCUGCAAAAGAUGACAAGAUAGAGUUCAAAGGGAAGUCCUCCGAUAUUUGUAGCUUCCAGUUCCAGGUGACCGAGACGCCCCCUAAAUGCGUCAUCCCUUUGACUAACAUUACCGCAGCGGUAGGGACGCCAGUUAUCCUCCAGUGUCUCGUUAGUGGUAAACCCAGUCCAACUGCUGAGUGGUACAAAGAUGGAAACCCCGUCACAGACAGCAGGUGUAUAAUCCAGGAGAAAACGGCAGGCCAUUUCAAUCUGCUCAUUACUAACGCCACCCAGAGUGAUGGUGGGGAGUACAAAUGCAUAAUCCAAAACACAGCCGGGUGCAUUGAGACUACCGCGCUGCUCAAGGUGUUUUAGAGGGUUGAGGCUAUGGUUGCACAAAGAUCCAUUUACUACCUAAUUCAUUGUAUUGUAUGUUGCUGAUUCUUGACUUCUGUAGGGGUGUUUAAGAUGUGGUAAUAAAGAUAAAGGCUAUUGAUAAUAAGAUUGGCUGACCAAUAAAAAUCUACAAGCUGCUUUAUGACUAAAACUCAUCCGUCGGGAUCUGGUCCCUGUCCUUCAGAACUUUUCAGAAUGUGUUUCCUUAAUUGGUUGAUAAUUAGGGAUGCACCGAUUGCAAAAAUGUCGGCCGAUACCGAUACCGAUGUUUUACUAUGUAACCUGUAAUGGUAGCACAAUGCAGACUAAGGCAGCCUGUCCCUCUAAGAGAGGGGGGGGAUACGUAUGUGCAUGUGUAAGAGCGAGAGAGAGGUUGAGCGAGCCAUAGUAAGUUUCUGGAAGUUAACGGGAGUAGUAGCAAGUAUAACAAAGUCACAGAUAUAACGACGGCCUCCCAAGAACACUGAAGGAUGGAUUUAAUUUACCGGUCCUGCAGACACCCGGUACACGGGGCGGAAGUCCUGCAGCAUGCAGCAGCUCCUCACAGAGGAGAGGAGACCCCCCCUCCCCCUCCCCCCGAAUGACUUUAAAGUUACGGCAGACCUACAGUCACUGAUCCCAUCCUUCAAAAUGAUGCCCUGACUUCAGAUUUAAAAACAACGACGCUAAUGCGACUUCUCCCGGUCACAUAGCAAAACAGAAACAUCGGUGAUGUCUCUUAUUUACCGAUGUGCCGAUGGUGGUAAAUAGGACUAACAUCGCCGAUGCUUCUCACCGAUGUAUCGUGCAUCCCUAUUGGCAAUUAGUUGGCUCAUGAUUAACCCUUCCACUAAGUUUAAUUUCAGUCAGGCCGGUCAUUGGUGGACGGAAACUAAAUAUGUUUACCUUAUGAACCCUCUUUUACUAUCAUUGCUUGCUUAAUGCAAAUGGCAAUUACCUAAUCUCAGACUCUUCCAAAUCAAAAGAAGACUCGUCUUUGUGCAACCAGCCUGAUAUGGGGUGAAGGGGUUUGAAUGUGUGUCAGUUUAAAAUGCAUUUCUGUAUUUAUUUAUUGUCAGCUGUGUAAACUGUUUUAAGUUUUGGUAGAAAAUCUGGUUUUAUGUUUGCUUUUGUUUUCUGGUAACACUGAGCUGCUUUGAGACUAUCCCAACAGUAUAUAGUCUCUACAGAUCGAUGACCUCAUGAGAGAUUGGUCUUUUUGUAUUUACAGUCGAGAAGCUCUCAGGAAUGUGUCGAUGGUUAUGGAGAAAAACAUCAAAUGUACUCAAAAUAUAGAAAUACAUAUCAUUAACGUAAAAGAGGUUUUAAAUAAUUGACAUCAGCUGUUUGUCAAAAGCUGCAUAGCCAGAGUAGCUGCUUAGUGCUCCAGGUAAAGUAGCUUCCAUUUAAAUAAUGCAACUUAAAAUGUUGGUUUGUGUUUUAACAGUUACGAUAAAUUCCGGCAUGGUUUGAGCUGAAGUCCAUUUAAAAUAACAUACAUUUAAGAAACGACACCCAGUGUGUAAUAAAACAGUGUUUUAACUCCAAGUCUUUUUGUAUAUUGACAUAUUCGUUAAUUUCAGAAAAGAAAUGAUUAACAAAAAUGUUUUGAAUUGUUAAAGUUAAACUCAGUUAAUGUACUCAUAACCUCAGCAGCGUUAUUGAUACACAUUAGGAAAGUAUUUCACAGGUUAUCAACUAAAGCUCACAUCUGGAAACUUCACAAUUCGUACUGGGAAUGAUUGGGUUGGUGGUUUCUGUGGGAUUUAGAUUUUGGAGUUGGAUGUUAUUCAUAGGAUUUUAAAGCGAGCUGGUAAAUCAUAAUCAGUAGUCAAAAUUUUAAAAAUGGAUAAUACUGUGACACUUUUUAAAUGUUGAGUUUUGAUGUUUUGUAAAUACGUGUAAUUCUAGGAGAGGAUGAGUAGAAACAGGGAAACAGGGCAAUUCAGAAAUCUGGCAUUGAGAUAGAACUCAUGGUGUAUUUGUACAGACGUCAUGUUGGUUUGUUUCAGAGUUUAUAUAAUAAAACAUUUAAUGAUUUAAA